ACCACAUUAUAUACAGCUCGAUUCGGCCGGCGAGAGCGGGAUGCGACACGUCGCGAGGGGACUCGGGCCUUCGUCAGUCAUGUGACCUAUCGAAGACUUGGAUUAGACGCUUUCUUCCCUCCUUCCCUCGCUAGUGGAGUCCGUUGACAACUCACAACUUCGGAGUUUUAUCGAUCGCAGAAACCACCCCCCCUCUCUCUCUGCGCCUAAAUUUUCUCUCGAGGGGGUAGAUUGGAGUAGAUUGGGUUCCCUGCAACGGAAAAUGGCCGAAGAAAAGGACUCCACGUCGAUUCCUCUAAGUCAAUGCGGCGGUGGCGAAGAUCCCGAAGAUCCUGCCAAGUCUCCUCCAAAUCCCCCCAACUCCUCCACUCGAAAGGCUUGCCUUGUUGUUCUUCAGAGUUGGGUCUCAAAAAAGUUCAUGACUGGAUGUGUAGUUCUUUUUCCUGUUGCAGUUACUUUUUUUGUUACAUGGUGGUUUAUCCAGUUUGUUGAUAGUUUCUUCAGUCCAAUAUAUGCCAGGCUUGGCAUUGACAUAUUUGGCCUUGGGUUUGUCACAUCUUUACUCUUUGUGUUUUUUGUUGGGGUAUUUGUUUCGUCAUGGAUGGGUGCCACUGUUUUUUGGGUUGGAGAAUGGUUUAUAAAGCGAAUGCCCUUUGUCAGGCAUAUAUACUCAGCCUCAAAACAAAUCAGUGCUGCUAUUUCUCCAGACCAAAACACAACUGCUUUUAAAGAGGUUGCAAUCAUUCGUCACCCACGUGUUGGUGAAUAUGCAUUUGGUUUUAUCACAUCGUCCGUUGUCCUUCAGAGAGAUAAUGGUGAUGAAGAGCUAUGUAGUGUUUAUGUCCCAACAAAUCAUCUAUACAUUGGCGACAUUUUCUUGGUCAACUCUGAGGAGAUCAUCAGACCAAAUCUAUCCAUUCGAGAAGGAAUAGAGAUCAUAGUUUCUGGAGGUAUGACAAUGCCACAAGUGAUAUCUCCCCUAGAAAGGAUUUCUCGUCAGGCCGAUCGGAUCCCUCUUAACAGAAUAAUAUAAUAUAUGGCAUUAGCAUUUCAGGUUUACAGGGUUAGAAUAUUACAAAGUCAUUCACUUCUGUAAUUGAUGGGAAUUUCCUUGGUGGGUUCAUUUUUUUUUUUUUUUGUGCAUUUCUAUAUCUUGUUGGAUGUUGUAUCAUUUAUCAUAUGUUUGUAGUGUAGAGGAUAGUUAAAUGUUGGAGUCGAUGUUUUCAUUGCUCGUGUAGAAAUGUUCUGUUUAAUCCCAAAACCUCCCUGCUGGAGAAGAAGGAAAGCUUACCAGUUACCACUGAAUUCUGGAUA